CUCUAUUUGCAACUUCCGAUCCGUAACUCAGGAAAGCGACUCAAAGAUUGUCGGUCGACAAAAGGAACUGAUAACUGAACUGAUAACUGAACUGAUAACUGAACUGAUCUGGUGAUGACAACAACACUUCCAUAAACCUCACCGUUGCGUAGCUUCUUCAAAAAGGACUAGACUAAUCACUGCCCCCUGUGGCCGAUGGUGGGACAACACCAACAGCAAUGAGAAACUCUUCCACUAGGUGGUGGCCACGCACCACGCUCAUGCUUCUUCCGUCUCUUUUGUCUUUCACUUCAUCCUACUCCAGCUUUCACUUGUUACUCUAUGCACUUCUUGCUCAUUGCACGAUAAAGCCGAAGCACAAGAGGUCAGAAUGAAAUGGUCUACACACUCACCUCAGCUUGGGAGGAAAGUCAUCUCUGACUACUGAGCUUUAUAACUCAAGCAGCUACAGUUAUUACGGCACAACAACGAGGGAUUCAAGGUAACGUUACAGACCGUUAAAGGACACUUGGAGCAGAGACUUCCUGGCAAUUCAGCAUGGCAGCCAGAGACACAAUGAGACGUAAUAAAACUGCCAUUCAGAUGACUUUGUCUGCAGACCGCAUACUAAUCCUCAACAAAGUUCAUGAGAAGGACCUGAUAACAAGACGGGAGUACAUCAACCUUAAAAGCAUCAACAAAGAGGACGUAGAGGGUCACGUCAUUGAGCUUGUGGAUAAGAUCAUGAAUAAAGGAGAGGACACCUGCCAAGCCUUCCUCGACCUCCUGCAAACUGAUGAGGACAUUAAAACCACUUACCCUGAACUGCAGAGCCUACAGUUGAACAACAUUAGCUUCUUACCUAAACCUGUCCAAGCUUGUUCAGUUGACAACAGCGAUGUCCUGUCACAAGAGAGCAAGAGGCGAAAGAAGGACGAGCAGUACCAGUUGAACAGCCAGCCUACCGGCCUCUGUGUGAUCAUAAACAACCAAAAUUUCACGCAUAUGAAACAGAGAAGUGGAACCUACAGAGAUGCUCAAAGUUUGGCAGAGGUUUUCAGCGAGCUGGGGUUCAGAGUGCUGAUGUGUGAAGAUCAAACCAAAGACCAGAUGGAUCAGGCACUGAGUUACUUUGCUUCUCUGAGUGACCUCUCUGAGCUGCAGGAGUUCAGGGUCAAGGAGUGGUCCGGCAACGGAUUCACUGAUCUUCAGGAGGCUCCUAAACAUGGGGACGCCUUCAUCUGCUGUAUUCUCAGUCACGGAAAAAAGGGUGUAGUCUUAGGGGUUGAUGGGAAUCCCCUCUCCAUUAAACAAAUAACGAGAACCUUCAAGGCAACCGACCAAUCGGCCCUCACCGGCAAGCCCAAGGUGUUCCUGAUCCAGGCCUGUCAGGGAGCGCCGAUUCAGAAGGGAGUGUUACUAGAAGAUCUGCAGGCUGAUGAUUCUGAUUCACAAUUCAUCCCUGAGGAAGCCGAUGUUCUGGUAGCCAUUGCCACUGUUGAAGACUAUGCGGCAUUUAGACACACAAUGAAUGGGAGCUGGUUUGUCCAAUCUGUGUGUCAGCAGCUGAAGGAAGGCUGUCCGAGGGGUGACGACAUGACCACCAUCCUCCACCGUGUGAACAAUGAGGUAGCCCAGAAAGAAGGGUCCAGUCAGCCGGGUGCAUUUAAGCAAAUGCCUGAAGUGAGGUUCACCCUGAGGAAGAGACUUGUGUUACCACAUCGUAACUGAAGCUCAGUCACCAGAAAUCAUGUAAAUACAGUAUCCUUAUGUCUUAAUUAAGAAUGUAUAACUAGCUCAGGGGAAGGGUUUUUUCCUUAAAAUGUACUGUAUCUUUUUUAUCAAUCGAAAUCUUUUAUUUUUAAAUCAUCACCUCGAAUCAUUGUCUUUUAUAUUGUCACAGAUUUUUGUAUAAGAAUAAACCCCCUUUAUGAUCACUGAUGGGUCCAUGUCCAUCAGAACCUUUUACACACAGAAGCCCUGAAUGCAGAAUACUGGUGAUAUUUUUAUUGCCUCCUAGACUUAUAUCUAUCAAUACAUAUUUUGUAGGGGAGACCAGGGCUUAUUGUCACACUUUUUACACUCUUAU